UAAAGAAAGAGUAAAUAAACUAAUGAAAAUGUAUGUAACUAAAUGACUUGCGUACAAUCAACACAUCAAGCUACGCUGGAAGGAUAGUUAAACAGUUUGACUUCAAUAGACAGCUAUGUUAUUUAACGAAAAAGAUUUUCUCGAUAAUUACUCUUACUAUCUACAAUAAUCGAUCCACAUCUUUGUAAGCAUAAAAAUGGGAGACAAAAAUAGUGGAAAAUCAGUUCUAGACAGGCUUACAUCAAUACGAAAAACAAAAAGUAAACCUAAAACAGAGAAAGCGAAUACCGGCAGUUACACAGUUAGAGAGGAGUUAGGAGAAAACGAUGAAAAGUUGGGACAAGACGUUAACAAUCUUGGUGGUGAUGAGUUUGAUAAAAAAUUUGAAGCUAUGUUGGAUGAGAUGAAUUUGUCUGAAGGUCAUCGAGCUCCAAUCAGAAACAGAGAUAAAAAAUUUAAAGUUGACAUGCUGGUGCAAUUUAUGUCUAAGCAGAAAGUGGCAUCUAAAGGUCUUGAGACAGCAGCAGAUUAUGUUCAUGAAUUACAUAAAACAGACAUUUCAUCUGAACAUUUGUUACGAUCACUUCAAUCAACACGUGUUUCUUUGACUGGAAGACCAUUAAGAUUUAUUCAAGAAUUUGGUAAAGAAGGGAUGGAGCUAUUGUUGAAACAUUUAAGGGAACACAGAACAAAACAUGGUUCAGUACAUCUUAAAAUACAACAUGAGAUAAUCAGAUGUUUAAAAGUGUUCAUGAAUAAUAAUUUUGGUUUGAAAUUGGUGAUGCAAAGUGAAGAUGGUUUAAUGUUGCUUGUAAAGUCUCUGACUCUUGGAGACACAAGCAUAAAGACAGAUGUUGUUAAACUGAUGGCUGCAUUGUGUUUAGUUGAUCACUCUCAAGCCUUACAGGUCAUGUCCAUUUAUGGUGAAAGUGAAGAAAAUGGCAAAAGAGGAAGAUUUUAUCAUGUUUUGCAUGCAUUAAAAAAUAGCAAAAGUGUUUUAUUGAAGAUUGCCUGUGUGCAGUUUAUCAAUGCUCUUGUUAGUCAACCAGAUGACUUAGAUUUUCGACUGCAUUUGAGGAAUGAAUUUUUAAGAAAUGGUUUUACUGAAGUUUUAAAGGAUCUCCGUGCAAUUGAUAACGAUGAACUUAAUGUGCAACUGGAUAUCUUUGAUGAGCAUAAGGAGGAUGAUUUUAAUGAACUUUGUCAAAGACUUUCUGAUAUUCAGAUGAAUUUUGAAGAGCCAUUGGAUUUGUUUCAGAUGUUGAACAGUAUUACAAAGGAUAGUCCAUCUGAAAAUUCUUUUAUUUCAAUAUUACAACAUCUGCUCCUUAUCAGAGAUGAUAUUUAUGCCAGGACGCAAUAUUUUUCUCUUAUUGAAGAAUGCAUCUCUCAAAUUGUUUUACACAAGAGUGGGGUUGAUCCUGACUUUGCGACAAAAAGAUUUCAAAUUGAUGUUGACACUGUGAUAGAUAACAUGAUUGAUCAAGCAAAACUUGUGGAAUUUGCAGAAAAAGCCAAAUCGCUAGAAACGAAGCUUGAGGUGGAAACGACAAUGCGUCAAGAGGCAGAAGCAAAAUUCAAUCUAGCUACAAGUAACUUUGAGAAGAAAGUUGCUUUUCUUGAAAAGGAAAAUUCCGAUUUAAAAGCGAGACCUGUAGUGGCAUCUACCGUACCUAGUACACCUGCAACACCUGCAGGAGUAAUUCCUCCUCCCCCUCUUCCUCCAGGUGGUGUGCCACCACCCCCACCUCUUCCAGGUGGUGUGCCACCACCUCCUCCAGGUGGUGUGCCACCACCCCCACCUCUUCCUGGUGGGAUACCUCCCCCGCCACCUCCUCCAGGUGGAGUUCCACCACCACCUCCAAGUGGUGUGCCUCCCCCGCCCCCUCCACCAGGUGGUGUUCCACCCCCACCCCCUCCACCUGGUGGUGUUCCACCCCCACCCCCUCCACCUGGUGGUGGACCACCUCCACCACCACCUGUGCCAGGUGCAGGUCCACCACCUCCUCCAGGAAUGCCAAUGUUUAAUCGUGGUCCUCAGUUACCACCUGGUGUUGAACCCAAAAAGAAAUACACACCUGAAGUCCAAACCAAGCGAGCUAACUGGACUAAGAUAAAGAAUAACAACAUUAAAGCGAAUUCCUUUUGGGCCAAAGCUAAAGAAGAUCAAUUUGAAAAAAACGAAGUAUUUGAAGCUUUAUCAAAGACGUUUGCUGCCAAGGUUAUAACAAAAACGAAAGAUAAAGAUGAAAGUGGAAACACUCCCAUAAAAAUUAGCAAAAAAAAGACAAAGGCGCUAAAGGUUCUUGGCAAAAGUGCUCAGAAUUUAUCCAUAUUUUUGGGCUCACAGAAGACAUCUUUUGAAAACAUGAGAAAAAUGAUAUUGAACUGUGAUGAGAAUUUGAAAGAAAGUGCAAUUGAAUCUUUGCUGAGAUAUCUCCCUUCUCCGAAUGAUUUAAAGAAACUUGGCGAAAUGAAGGAUAAAUAUGGAGAACUUAGUGAAGCUGAACAAUUUGGAUGUGUAAUCAGUGAUAUCAAGAAACUUGAGUCAAGGUUAAAACUUUUGCUAGUUAAGAAAAAAUUUCCCGAAGAUCUUCAAGAUGUUAAACCAAAUAUUGUUAGCGCUACUUGUGCUUGUCAGGAAGUUCGCUCGAGUAAAAAGUUUGCCAAGUUCUUAGAGGUUGUUUUAAUGGUGGGAAAUUAUAUGAACGCUGGCUCAAAGAAUGAACAAACUAUUGGUUUUGAAAUGACCUUCUUAACCAAGCUAAGUUCAACAAAGUCUGUGGAUGGUAAAUUAACUUUAUUGCAUUUUUUGGAAGAAGUUGUAUCAUCCAAUUACCCAGACGUUGCUGGUUUUGAAACAGAAAUCAGUCAUGUUGAGGCAGCAUCUCGAGUUUCACAAGACGUCUUACAAAAAGCAACCAAAACAAUGGAAACAAAUAUCUUGAAAUUAGGACGCGAGUUAGAACAUAGCAAAGAAAGUGAUGACCCCGAGGAUAAAUUUCAAGUUGUAAUGUCGGAGUUUCAUGCUUAUGCGAAAGACCAAUGUGACCUUAUAAUGGAAAUGUUCAACAACAUGACAAAUUUGUUUAAAGAAUUAUCGGAAUAUUAUUGCUUUGAUUUGAAGAAAACACAAUUAGAAGAUUUCUUUGGUGAUUUAAGUUCAUUUUUACAACAAUAUGAAAACGCAAAAAAAGACAACAUGAAAAGAAAAGAACGCGAAGAAAAGGAAAGAAAAGCAAAAGAUAGAGCGGAACAAGAAAAGGAACGUAAGAAAAGACUUGAAGCAGAAAAAGCCAACCGUAGUAAAAAUUUAGUUGACAUGUCUUCAGAAACACAGGAAGGUGUUCUUGAUGGUUUAAUGGAGGCUUUGAAAACAGGAAGUGCAUUUCGAGAUCCAUCGAGACCAGCAAGGAAAAAGAAAAAUCAUAGAAAUCGUCAGACACCUGGUACCUUUCAACGUUUUGGAACAAGAUCGAAUAUUUCAGUACAGGAAUUAUUGAAAGACGAAGAAUCAAAAGCUAAUAAAAUGUCUGAAGAGAAAACAUCUUCUGAAAUUAACGAAAAGAAACCCGCUCCUGGCGCAGUAAAACUGCCCGGAGCAGAAUCAAUCUCUUCAAAAAAUAAAGAAGAAGACGAAGCGGAAGCUUUGUUAGAUGAAUUUAAAUCUUUAUAAAUAGUUGCCUUAACGUAUUCCUGUAACUCUGAUGAAUGUUUUUUUUACAUAACUAUUAUUCAAUAUACAUUUAUUUUUGUUUGAUCAAUUAAAGACAUUUUCCCGCUA